AUGUACUACGCCCCCUCUCCCCUGGAGCCCACCCCCCUGCACCGCGCAGCCCAGAGCGGGGAUGUGACGCUGCUCACGCAGCUCCUCAGCCAUGAGGAUGCGGACCUGCUGGCCAGGGACUUGGAGGGGCGCACCCCCUUACACCACGCCGUCAUGCGGGGCCACCUGGAGUGCGUGGACUUGCUCCUGAGCGCCGGCCCCCAGGUGCUGCUGGCCCGCGACUUCCUCUCCUGCACACCACUCCACCUGGCGGCAGUGGCCAACGGCGCAGCCCUUGUCCUGCGCAUGGCGGACGCGCUGGCGCGCGACGCGGCGGGCCGCACGCCCAUGCACGCCAUGGCGGCACGCGGCUGCAUGCAGGACCUGCUGGGCUACCUGCACCUGGGCUGGGAGAGUGCCGCGCUGGCCGUCGGCGCCGAGCGGGGGACCGGGGCCGGGUGGACCCCGCUGCACCACGCGGCGGCGUACGGCCACGUGGACGCGCUGCGCGCACUGGAGGCGGCGGCCGCGGCGGCCAAGAAGAGCAAGAAGAAGAAGCGCAGGGUCGCCAAGAAGCCCAUGACGCCUGGGACCAGCGAGGCGGAGCUCGGCGCCGGGGACGAUGCGGCGAAGGAAGACCCGCACGCCGGCGAGGGGGGGGAUGGCCGCGACCGAGGGCCAGAGCCUGGCGACGAGCCGGGCGCUGCGCUGCACGGCGAGGCGCCUGGGACGGCCGCGGGUCUGGGUGCCGCCAGAGCACCGCCUCCCAGACGUGCCGACGCGACCGCCGACGGCCACGCCAGCCGGGAGCCGGCAGUCGACGACGCCGCCAUCCUGGAGGCGUCCGUGGCGGGGGUGUCGUGCAAGUACGGCAAGAAGGUGCGGCGCAAGCUGCAGGGGGCCCGAGCAGCGCCGGCGUCCAGAGCAGCCUCCGUGAUCGCCUCGCCGGGCUCCAAGCCCGGCAAGCCGGCGACGAAGCGGCGCGACGCGCCGCCCAGACGCGACGCGGCGAGCGUGGCCGCGCCCAAGGCUACGUUGCCGGCCGGCGCCGGGGCCGACGUGGGCCUGGCCUCGCGCUUCGCCGACCUCGACAUUGGCGCGGUGCAGGCAGCGGGCUACGCGGCCUACGCGGCCGCGCCCGGCCAGGCGGACUAUGAGGUGCAGGACCCGGCGGAGGUGCUGCCUGCGGACCUGCUGGGCGAGAUUGAGGGCCUGGUGGGGCCGGGGGCUCCGCGGCACGAGCGCCACGUGACCCACGGCGCCGUGCCGGGGCUCUACGCCGGGGCGGGAGGGCCAUUCCCCUCCAGCCUGUGGCAGUGA